AUGGAACGUGGUAUUGGUGCUGUAAAAUCCGUCUUCGUAGUCAUUUCCGGAAAGGGAGGGGUGGGCAAGUCAACCGUCGCCUGUCAGCUGGCCAUCGGACUGGCACAGAAGAACCUUCGUGUAGGACUCUUAGAUGUUGAUCUGUGUGGUCCAUCUAUUCCCCGAAUUCUGGGCUUGGAGAAUGCGCAGGUUGACCAGUGCUCAACAGGCUGGCUCCCGAUCAUUGCUGAUAUAACCACAAAUAACCUCCUAGUUAUGUCCAUCGGCUUUCUCUUGCCCGACAAGAACUCUGCCGUCGUCUGGCGAGGCCCCAAAAAGACCUCCAUGAUCGACCAGCUUCUGGGCAGUGUGUGCUGGGGGUCACUAGAUGCCCUGAUAAUUGAUACCCCACCAGGAACUUCGGAUGAACACUUAGCUGUCGUGGAGAAGGUUAGAGAAUUCGCGCAAGAUCGUCUAAAAGGUUGCAUUAUGGUCACUACUCCACAGGUCAGUUUUGCUGCCUCCCGUCACUACGUUUUAACUUUCAUUCAGCGCGUGGCCCUUUGUGACGUUCGUAGGCAACUCUCCUUCUGCGAAAAGCUUCAAUUGCCGAUAGUCGGCCUUGUAGAGAACAUGAGUGGUGUAGAAUGCCCCAACUGCAACGAAGUCGUCAACCUCUUCUCUUCCGGCGGUGGCGAAGCCUUGGCUGCUGCGAAGGGCGUCAAUUUUCUCGGACGCCUACCACUGAAUCCACGAGUUACAGCCCUCUCCGACUCCGCUGACACUUUCUCAGCCAAAUCAGAACUUUCCAAGUAUGCCGUGCCAUUGAUUGCUACGGUUGCUGCUCUUUGUUCCUGA